GAAUAGAACUAUCGUAACGAAUCGAUUCGAAACCAUCAAAUCGUGGCUCGCGGAGGGAGAUGGAGCAGACGCCGCUGUUCCUUCGCAAUAGCUACUGGGUCUUGAGACACGGGAAGAGCGUCCCCAACGAGAAGGGCCUCAUCGUCUCGUCCUUGGAGAACGGCACACUUGAAAAGUUUGGAUUAGCUUCUGAAGGUUUCAACCAAGCACGAUUGGCUGGAGAGUUGCUGUUGAAGAUUUCUAUGCAGGAAAUCGACGAGAAGAAGAUUCUUCUAGAAAAUGUUCGAAUAUGCUAUUCUCCAUUCUCGAGAACUACUGAUACUGCUAAAGUGGUUGCUGAUGUUUUAGGCAUCUCAUUUGACAGUUGUCAGUGUAAGGCAAUGCUUGAGCUUCGAGAGCGUUACUUUGGACCAUCAUUUGAGCUCUUAUCUCAUGAUAAAUAUGCAGAGAUAUGGUCAUUAGAUGAGAAGGAUCCUUUCUUGCCACCUGAAGGUGGAGAAAGUGUUGCAGAUGUUGUCUCUCGACUUGCAGUUGCUCUGGCAGCAAUAGAGGCAGAGUUUCAGGGAUGCACAGUCCUUGUUGUCAGUCAUGGUGAUCCACUUCAAAUCCUGCAAACUAUACUUCGUGCAACCAAGGAACUUGCAUCAUCCAAUGGGAUUGAUAUUUUAUCGAGAACUAAGGAAAUUAUGGUGCAUUCUAUAUUAUCCCAACACCGAAAGUUUGCCCUGCAAACUGGAGAGCUACGCCCAAUCAUUUGACUUCCUAUUAUUGUCAGAUAUGGAGAAGUAUGCUGUAUGCUCAUCAUCAAGGACUAUGAAGUGUUAACAACUGGAGCAUUUUUUGUCCAAGUCUUAACAACAGGCAAAUUGAUGCCUUAUACUUUGUUCUAUUUCUGUGAUUCAAUGCCUUUCAAAUUGACUUGAAUUAAGGGCCAUGUCUUGGUUAGAUUGAUUCCUGCACUGUCUGUUGGGAAGAGCUUUCAAUUGGAGGGAGGUGUCUUUGGUUUCCAGUGGUGGUAUUAACACUCGAUGCACUUUUCAUAAUGGAUUCAGAUGGGCUAAGAGCCUUGUUUCUGACAUACUGAUAUGGAAUACAUAACAUAAUUCUAGUGAACUAUUUUUCUCAUAGACAAUUUUGAAAUAGAUGAAUUAUUGCACAUCCAUCUCUAAAUGUAGCACAUUCUGCAAUCCUCAGUCUUGAUGGAUCCCAGGCUCUAGAUGCUAAUGAAAAAUUGGCUCUUCGAUUUUCUCAAUAGUUGGCCCUGGGCAUCUAUAUGUUCUUACAAUCAUCAUUUAUAUGUUGUCAUCUCCUGUUGCAGGUUCAAGCUAUUGUAAUCCUUGGUGCACCUGGUAGAGUGUUGUGUCUCUCUGAAAGGAGGUGGCAACCUUUAGCCAUAUUUAGGUUCCCACUUUCACAAAGGAAGCAUCCAAUCCAUUAGUAUCCUCGGGUACCACGAGAGCUGUAGAACUGGCAUUGAAUCAAGGACAUUGGCAACUACCAAGGACAUGACUGAGGCUUCAUGAAUAAGAGUUUCUGAUGAUUGAUAAGGACAUCUGAGUCUGUAAUUGGCAUGGAAUCUGAGCUACCCUGCUGCAUCUGAGCUUCCCACGUUCACAUAGGACAUAUCCAUUAGGGUUCUUGGGUACCAUGAAAGCAGAAGUGACAGAUAUUGGCAAGUAUCAAGAACAUGACUAAGGCUUCAUGAAUAAAAGUUUCUGAUAAUUGAUUGCCAAGCAUUUGAGUCUGUAAUUGGAGCUACCUUGCCGAAGUUUUGCAUCUUAACACAUGGAUUUUACCUUGGAAAGGAAGCUCUCCAAUUGCCUAGGCUACUGUAGAAUAACUGUGUUCCAUGAAGCUUCUCCCAAUCAGAGACAUCCCAGAGGGACAGUUGGUCCUUGGCUUUUACCUAAAGUUAGCCGAGGUAGAUGAACAAACUUGCUGCAAAUUUAAUUUUCCCAGUGGCUUCUUCGACAUCAAGCGAAACUUUUUGCUGCAUCCCCCAAUCCUGCACAUCUCUGCAAACACAUAAUGGUGGUGCUUGGACAAAUCUAGCUUCACCCUGUGCUGCCACUGAUGCUUCCAAUGAACUUGUGCAACUGGCAUCCUUGAUUCUCAGGUUCCCCCGGUCAUGCUUUCUCAUGUUCUGAGAGCAUUGUGUUCAUCUUUUCUCCAGGUUCUCCAAACAACAGGUUAUCAGCUGUGUUACCAAUUCAGGUCAUGUCUUCCCUGAUGGUGUACGGUUUCAUCCAUAAUCAAAGGCAAGGUAAGCAAAUUCUGCUGAAGCUUUUUCUUUCUCAAAUCAUGAUUUUUUGCAAUCAGGACUCUUCAAAUGAACUGAUUGACAAAGGAAACUAUGUGAAAUUGGGAUGACGGUCUUUAAACUAUGUGAAACUGAUUGACAAAGGAUUCUUCAAAUCUUACGGUAAACUACUUUGCUGCCCUUUAAAAUAGAAAUGUUAGCAGUGAUCUCAAAAGCUUUCACGCACUGUAUCUGUUUGAAAUUGAUUAAGACAGCAGAAAUAUCAUUAAAAAUCAGAAGCUAAAAUAACACCUAUUUCUUCGUUGAAUGGCAAAAGCAUCCCUACAUUUGAAUCA